AUGGGAAAGAAGCGAAAGUCCACCGCCACAAGUCUCGACGAAGUGGAUCGAACCAUGUAUGCUUCCUUUUGUACCACCGCAAAUUCUAUUUCGCAACUCUACACUCACGCCAUGAAUCACCAGAAACUCUCCUUCCAUGCCGGUGAACGCAACGCCCUCGAAAAACUUUAUCAAUGGAUUUGGAAACAAGAAGAAGGAGGGUCAAGGGUUGGAACAGUUGAUGUUGUUAAUUACAUUCAGAAUGAGUUGGAUUAUUGCGGAGAAGAGCCAUCCAUGUCACCUAGAGCACCUCCGCAGCACCAGCAGCCACAGCCAAUGAUGCCAGUCACCAGUGCUGCAGGUUUUCCAGUCACUUCAGGAUCUUCUGGCCAAGGAUUCCGCUCUGACCCUUGUGAAAAUCAACCUGUGUUUUCAAAUGCAUUAUCAAGCCCUGUACGUCGAAAUCUUCAGCUUUAUCAAAUUGGUGAGGGAGGAGUCUCUGCCGGAAAUGAAAAUCAAAGCAGGGAAUCAAAUGCUGCGAGUUCCAACAAUGAUUCUGCCAUGGAUAUGUAUGCAGACUAA